AUGGAUGAAGGAAAUUCUUCACAAAAAGUAGAAGCAGAAUCCGCUUAUGAGGUAUUAAUUUCGUUUGAAUUUGUCUUCAUCUUGCAUUUUGUUAAUGAAACUAUGGGGAUCACGGAUAAAUUUUUUCAAGCUUUGCAAAACCAAUCGCAAGACAUUCUAAAUGCUACGCAUUUAGUUUCAUCCACUAAAAAACUUAUUCAACAAUUUAGAGAUGAGAAAUGGGAUGACUUACUAGUUAUUGUGAUAUCAUUUUGUAAGGAACAUGGUUUAGAUGUCCCUGAUAUGAAUGCUUGUUAUGUUGCAAGAUUUGGUCGAUCUCGUCAUCAACAAGAGGGCUUUAGAAAUGAGCAUUAUUAUAAAGUAGAUAUUUUUAAUGCAGGAAUAGAUUCUCAAUUACAGGAACUAAAUCGUCGGUUUAGUGAGCAUGUCAUGGAGUUACUUACGCUUAGCUCAGCUCUAGACCCUCGAGAGGCAUAUGAAUCUUUUCGAGUUAGUGAUAUUUGUUCAUUGGUAGAUAAUUUUUAUCCAAUAGACUUCACAGAUGAUGAAAAGAAUGAUUUGAAAAAGGAACUUGAUCUUUAUAAGUAUGAUGUAGUUCAGAAUUCAGGGUUCAAGAAUUUGAAAAAUAUUUUUGAAUUGUGCCAAUGGAUGGUGAGAACUAGAAAAUCAGAAUACUAUCCACUUAUUUAUAGAGUGGUCAAGCUUGUGCUUACUCUUCCCAUUUCUACUGCAACUACAGAACGAACAUUUCCAGCUAUGAAUGUCAUCAAAAUUGACAUUCGCAACAAAAUGGAAGAUGAGUUUUUGUCAAACGCUAUGAUGUUAUUCAUUGAAAAGGACAUUGCUGCAACAAUUAGUACAAAUUCAAUCAUAGAUGAUUUUGAAGAUUUAAAAAGACUGUGA